AUGAACGUAAAAGCAUUGGAGGAGAUAAAGAACAUGAAAGAAGGUGUCAGAAUAGAAUCAGACCAUGUUCUGCUGAAGGUAGAGCUGAAAGGCGCCGACAGAAAGAAGGAGAGAAGAAGCAACACUAUUGAAAAGAAGGAACUAGAAGAAAAAGUAAAGAAAUCAAUCACAAAAGUCAAGAAGAAGAUCGCACUAUGGAAGAUAGAAAGGAGGACGUGGCAUAGCAAAGAAUGGAAUAAGAAAAAAAGGGAACUGAGGAAAGAACUUGGAAGGCUAAAAAGAGGGAAAAUAAGCAGAGAAGAAUUCGUACAAAAGAGGAAAGAAUACAGAGAAUGGUACAAGAAAGAAAAGCGCAAACAUGAAAGAGAAAAAGAGGAAAGGAUAGCAAUAAGCAAUAAGGACAGAAGAAGAGGCAUGGAGAUACAUAAACAAAUACAGAAAGAAGAAAGAAGGGAUAAGCGAAAGUAUAGAGAUAGAAAGGUGGAUCAUGCACUUCAUGGAACUAUUGGAUCAAAAGAUAAAAUAAUAAUGAAAGAAGAAGAGGAAGAGAAGGAGACGGAAAAGGAGGAACAAGAGAGAGAGGAGGAAAAGAACGAAUUAACAAGGGAAGAAAUAAUAAAACAACUAAUAGAACUGAAGAAGGGAAAAGCCCCGGGAGAAAAUGAAAUUGAAAACGAAGCAUGGAGGCUGAUGCCAAAAGAAAUAAGAGAAACCUUUGCUGCUAAACAAGAUAUGGAAAGGAGGAGGCAUACCGCAAGAAUGGAACAACGGCCUAAUAAGCCCAAUAUAUAA